AUGGUGGAACAUAUGAAACAAACUGAGAGAUUUUGUAAAAUUUUUGUGUUUAUUUUCUGCAUCUUUUUUAUCCAUGUGGUGUGGUGUCAAAAUGUAUUUCACUUUCUUGAUGCGCGAGCAAUAAUAUCUGUCUUUCAAUUUGUCGACCUUAAUUUUUGCAAAUCGCCUUCAAUAUUCGCAGAACUAUGUAUCAUCUAUUUGUCUUCCAAUCUGUCGACAUUACUUAUUGCAAAUUGCUUCAAUAUUCGCAAAAAUUGUGUAUCAUCUGAACGUAACCGUUGUUGUUUAGGUUCAAGACAUGGAGAAGAAACAUGUAACAGAAAGAACUUGAUCAAACAAGCAAUUUCCAUAAUGUAUUGCAAUUCACUUGGUUGGGUUCUUUUCAACUUGUUUGCUUGCUUGUGUGUGAGCAACGGCGAUAAAGAUCGUUUACAUAGAGUAUUUGGAUCAAUGUUAACUGCACGAAACACAAGCAGCAUAACAAACUUCAACCAAGCAUCCAUUGCUAAUCUCACAACGAAACUCCAUCCUAUGAAGCAAAAUCGUCUUGUAACGUAUUCGAAAUUUAGAACUAGUUUUGCUUCUAAUAAAAUAGUAAACAAAUUUCAGAAUAAUUACAAUUACAGACCAUUUAAAAACUCUAAGUAUGUAAAAAAUGGAAGUAGACGGCCAACAAGAAAUUUGGUUGUGUUUACAUCAAAUUCAAGCAAGACCAAACCGAACCUGCGAAGUAGAAACAUUAAAAAUGCAAGACCGGCUAAACGAAUUCUACAGGCAAGCUCGAAGAUGUCGCAAAACGAACAACAUAAACCAUUAACAAAUGUGUUCAAAAGCAUUCUAACUACACUGAGAUCCAACCACCAUACAACUAUCAAUAAAACUGGCAAUACAUAUACCGAGUUAGCCAAAAAGAAAAACUCUAUAUAUCACCCGAACUUUGACAAUGGAAUUGAUGCGAAUAUGGGUUCAAUAUUGGGCAUUGUUGGUACAUUCACACCGAACGGUAGACAUUCCGCUGUCAGGUGGGAUGAGCAGGUAGUUCCUGCGAUUGAAGAGCCCACCACAGUUCGAGGCACUUCUAAGAAUAUUAUAAACAGAAACGCAGAUGUAAAUUCUGAACUAGAACAAGAGGAAACGCGUGCUAUUGAAAGUUACAUGAAUGCACAAGGAGUUUCCAAGUCUUGCAUUGAAAAUGGAAAAGAUUAUAUAACAUCAAAAUGUGGGGAUCAAAUUAUAGAUCAUACCGGUCAUUCCAUAUCAGCAAUGGAUAACACAAAAGGAUUUCGAUCUGGAACUGACGGGGAGGUACACUUUACGAAUGAAAAAGAAUCAAAGAAUUUGCCAGUAGUUGUUCAUUCCGAUGGUUUGACGAGUCAUAUAAAGCAUGAUAUUAACACGGAGCUAUCAGCCGCAAUUGAUCCUACAAAUGGCUAUUUGCCAAUGAGUAACAUACAAAGCUUUCAGGAAUUCAACCCUUAUCGUGGCAUGAACGUUUUAAACCAGUUACAAGAUGAUCCUUCGUUUGAUGCGAUGGAAUAUAAAUCAAAUCAUCAACCUUUAGGUUUGCCAAGGGAGUCGACGCACUCUAUUGAACAUAAUAAGGGAUCGGCUUAUCAUAGCCUUGUCCAGUUUCAUCAUGGAGGAAUGUUUCACACAGAUCUUGAUAAUGGUAACCAUGACAAUCAUGGAAGUAUUGACAUACUGGGUGCAUAUAUUGGAGCAAAUGGAGGUACAGAAGCUAAAUCUAACUAUAACUAUGGUAGCCACACUGCGCCCGAAGAUAAUCAUGACCAUUUUAGUCAUGAAAAUUCACAUGAUUAUCAUGAUAGUAAUUCUUUAGAAAAUGAAGCUAUUGAACAUAAGAUCGCAGCCUUUUCACAGGCGGUUGGUCACCCAUUUGUAGCAUCAACCCAUAGCAGUGAAGAUGGCCACAGUAAUAACGGACGCUACGGAGCAGGCGAAGUUUAUAUGCACACAGGUCUUUUUCCUGGAUCGCGUAUGCAUAAUGCUUUUGAUGACCAUGGAAAUUAUGGUGAUAAUCUUAACCACCAUGACUCUGAUAAUAUGGAAGCUAAUGAUGGAAAUUCAGAUCAUAAAAACGAUGACGGAGAAUUUGACGACCACAACGACCACAACGACCAUGAAAAUGAUAAUGACUACACUAGUAACGAGAAUGACGAUGAGUCUGACCAUGGUCAUGGUCAUGAAGGACAAACAAUUGUUGAUCAUCACAUUUAUCAUCAUGGACACCGAAAUCAUCACCGUCAGCAACACCAAGAAGAUACAGGAGAAGGGAGAGAUGGAGGACAUACCUAUAAUCUCGGUGGCAGCAUAGUUCAUGCCAUUGGUGAUCCAUUUGCUGGUCUGGAAUACUCAUUUAACACACCAAUAAUGAAUCAUCCAUCAGGUGGAGGUCUUGGUGCAAUCGGACCAUUAAUUGCAGCAGGAGGAGGUGCCACAGGUGGAUCUCCGCUAGGAGGAGGAGAUCAAACGCCACCUCACACACUAAAUAGUGCAAAUGUAUUUCAAGGAGGAGAUACUUCACAAACAGGCGGGGGUGCCCCACCUACACAACAAUCAGGAGUAAUAGGGGGAAAUGCACCUGCGCAGGGGAUGGAAGGACCGCAAGGAGGAAGUAUAUCUGGAGGAACUUCGCCAACGGGAGGCAAUACGCCUCCUGCACAAGGAGCUGCGCCAACAGAGGGUAACUCACCUGCACAAAAAGCGGGGGGAUCACAACCAGGAGGAACAUCUGGAGGUACCCCACCAUCAGGAAGCAACGCACCUGCACAAGUGUUACCUGGGGGAGCGUCACCAACAGGGGGCAAUAAACCAGUUACAGCUGGAGGACUACAAGGCGGAGCUACAUCUGGGGGAGCUUCGCCAACAGGGGGUAAUUCACCUGCACAAGAAGCGGGAGGAUCGCAACCAGGAGGAACAUCUGGAGGUUCCCCAACAUCUGGAACCAGUACACCUGGUCAAGGAGUACCUGGAGGAUCAUCACCAACAGCGGGCAAUAAACCUGCUUCAGGUGGAGGACCACAAGGCGGAGGUACAUCAGGGGGUGCUUCCCCAACAGGGGGUAAUUUACCUGCACAAGAAGCGGGAGGAUCACAACCAGGAGGAACAUCUGGAGGUUCCCCAACAUCCGGAACCAGUACACCUGGUCAAGGAGUACCUGGAGGAUCAUCACCAACAGCGGGCAAUAAACCUGCUUCAGCUGGAGGACCACAAGGCGGAGGUACAUCAGGGGGUGCUUCGCCAACAGGGGGUAAUUCACCUGCACAAGAAGCGGGAGGAUCACAACCAGGAGGAACAUCUGAAGGUUCCCCAACAUCCGGAAGCAAUACACCUGGUCAGGGAGUACCUGGAGGAUCGUCACCAACAGCGGGCAAUAAACCAAAUACAGCUGGGGGACCACAAGGCGGAGGUACAUCAGGGGGUGCUUCCCCAACAGGGAGUAAUUCUCCUGCACAAGAAUCUGGAGGAUCACAACCAGGAGGAACAUCUGGAGGUACACCCACAUCCGGAAGCAACGCACCUGCUCAAGGAGUACCUGGAGGAUCGUCACCAACAGUGGGCAAUACACAAGCUACAGCUGGAGGACUAAAAGGCGGAGGUACAUCUCAGGGAGCUUCCCCAACAGAGGGUAAUUCACCUGCACAAGAAGUGGGAGGAUCACAACCAGGAGGAAUAUCUGGAGGUACCCCAACAUCCGGAAGUAAUGCACCUGCUCAAGGAGUACCUGGAGGAUCGUCACCAACAGGGGUCAAUAAACUUUCUGUUCAAGGAGCUGAAGGAUUACAAGGAGGGGAUACAUCUGGAGGAGCUUCUCCAGCAGGAGAUAACUCACCUACCCAAGAAGCAGGAGGACCACAACAAGGAGGAACGUCUGGUAAUACACCUGCGCAAGGAGCUAACGGACCUCAAGGAGGAAGUAAAGAAACACAAGGAGCUUCGUCAACAGGGAGCAAUGCGCCUACCAAAGGGACGGCAGGACCACAGGAAAAAGCGUCGCCUGCCGGGGGGAAAUUACCUACACAAGGUGCAACUUCUAAUAAACAGUUUUCUCCAGCUGGUAUGGCUUUUAGUGCUGGUAACAAUCCAAUGUCACAAAAAGGCACUGGAGCUGGGGGUGGGGAAGCUGCAGGUGGGGGAGCUGUAGGUGGGGGAGCUGCAGGUGGGGGAGCUGCAGGUGGGGGAGCUGCAGGUGGGGGAGCUGCAGGUGGGGGAAGUGCGGGUGGUGGAGCCGCUGGUGGUGGAGCCUCUGUUGGUGGAGCCGCUGGUGAUGGAGCCGGUGGCGGUGGACCUGCAGGCGGUGGAGCUGGUGGUGGUGGUGGUGCAAGUGAUGGAACUGCGGGUGGUGGAUCCGCUGGUGGUGGAGCUGUAGGUAGUGGAGCUGGUGGUGGUGGUGGUGGUGCAAGUGAUGGAGUUGCGGGAAGUGGAACUGCGGCUGGCAAAGCUGCUGGCGGUGGAGCUGUUGCUGGUGGAGCUGCUGGUAGCGGAGCUGCUGGUGGUGGAGCUCCUGGUGGUGGGGGUUCAAGUGGUGGAGCUGCGGGAGGUGGAACUGCGGCUGGCAAAGCUGCUGGGGGUGGAGCUGCUGCUGGUGGAGCUUCUGGUGGUGGCGCUGCGCGUGGUGGAGCUGAGGGAGGUGGAACUACGGGUGGUGGAGUUGCAGGUGGUAGAGCUGAAGGCGGUAGAGCUGUAGGAGGUGGAAAUGCGGGUGGUGGAUCCGCUGGUGGUGGAGCUGCUCGUGGUGGAGCUGCUGGUGGUGGAGCUGCUGGUGGUGGAGCUGCUGGUGGUGGUGCUCCUGGUAGCGGAGCUGCUGGUGGUGGAGUAGCUGGUGGUGGAGCUCCUGGUGGUGGAGCUCCAGGUGGUGGAGCUGCUAGUGGUGGAGCUGCUGGUGGUGGAGGUAGAAGUGGUAAAGCUGCAGGAGGUGGAAAUGUGGGUAGUGGAUCCGCUGGUGGUGGAGCUGCUCGUGGUGGAGCUGCUCGUGGUGGAGCUGCUGGUGGUGGUGCUCCUGGUAGCGGAGCUGCUGGUGGUGGAGUAGCUGGUGGUGGAGCUCCUGGUGGUGGAGCUCCAGGUGGUGGAGCUGCUAGUGGUGGAGCUGCUGGUGGUGGAGGUAGAAGUGGUAAAGCUGCAGGAGGUGGAAAUGUGGGUGGUAGAGCUGCUGGUGGUGGAGCUGCUGGUGGUGGAGCUGCUGGUGGUGGAGUUGCUGGUGGUGGAGCUGCUGGUGGUGGAGCUGCUAGUGGUGGAGUUGCUGGUGGUGAAGCUGUAGGUGGUGGAGCUGCAGGUGGUGGAGGUACUGGUGGUGGAGCUGCUGGUGAUGGAGUUGCUGGUAGUGGAGCUGCUGGUGGUGGGGCAGCUGGUGGUGGAUAUAGUGUUGGGGGUAAUGUUGGAGCCAGUGGAAGCGUUGAUAGUGGAGAUGCUGGUGGUACUGGUGGUAGUGAUGGGGUGGGUGGUGCUAGUGGUAGUGCUAGCGCUGGAGCUGGUGGUUCCGUGGCGAGUACGGGUGGUAAUGCUGGUAUUGAUGAUACCGAUAGUAGUGUUAGAGCUGGUGGUAGAAUUACUGGUGGCGGUGUUAGUGGCAGCGCUGGUAGUGGAACUGGUGCUAGUCGUUUUGGGGCGGGUGGAAAUGCUAGAGGUGGUGGUGGUUCUGGAGGUAGCAGUAGUUCUGGAGCUAGUGGUAAUGCUGGAGUAGGAACUAGUCGUUUUAGCGGUGCUGAUGAUGCUGGAGCAGGUACUGGUGUUAGCACUGCUGCGAAUAGUAACAGUAAUCGUUUUUCUAAAACCAAUCGAUUUAACUCUGUCAAUACGCAAUUUUCUAGCUCUUCCAACAGUAACUCGGGUAUUAACUCGCCAGGUGCUACUUCACCAGAUUUAGAUAAUCCAAACAAAGAUGAUAAAUGCAUGUGUUCUAAAAACUAUGUAAGUGCUUCGUUAAAAGAUAAUGUGGGACAAGAAAAUUAUAGUAACAGAGACUUGUCAAGGCGAAACUGUAUUUGUCAGUAUGAUAGUGCACCAGAUGAAAACUUUGAUAAUGAUGACGAGGAGAAAAAACAGACGUUUGUAACUACAGAAGACAAUAAAAGUAUAAAAGAUAUCAGUGAAAAUACCAAAAGUAAAAUGAAGCCUAAAAAACGAAAACUGGCAAGUAAGUUUGUCAACUUUGUUGAAAAAAUGGCGGGAAAAUUAAAUGUGGACAAAUUAAAUGUAGCGGAAGAGCUGGUUAAAAACUUAAAGAAACAACGAAAAAAUGAACAAACUUAUUCGGAUGUGACCACAAUUAGUGAGUCGAACGAUAAUGAUGCAGCUUUAGACAACGACGAAGAAGAUGCUAAAGUGUUGAAGAAAAACUAUUUAUCCAGGGAUAGAGAUGACAUUAUGGAGGAUAUUUCCAAUAUUUUAAGCAAGAAGCAUACAGUUGCUGAAGCUUAUAACGCAUUUGAUGAGGAAGAUUUUGAUAACGAUGAUAAUGAUGAUAGUGAUGACGAAAAGCGAAAAGAAAAAGUAAGAAAAACGAUAAUUGAAGACCGAUAGUAAUUUCGUUAGGAUUAAAUAUUAGAUCAAUUGGCUCAUUCGAGCAAGGAAAUUAUGUACGGUAUGGAUAAAAGUUGAAACUCAAAUAAGCUGUCUCAGUUUGAGAAUACAGGUUUUUACAAGGAAGCAGUAAUAAACAUCUCUAGCUUAUAUUGCCAUUGAUGUACAAUAAAAUAUGUAAAUAUAUGUUAAUUAUGUUGAUUUGUGAGAAUGUAAAUAUGAUCUUGUGUUUCAUAAUUGAACGUCAUAGUUAAGGUUUCCACGACUAACAAUACUUAACAAAAUAUAUGCGGAGAGCAGUGGCUUAUUCCAAAA